ACCGUUCUCCGCGCACAGGAAGAAGAAAAAACCGCCAGUCAAGUAGGCAAGCAAAGGUUUAUAAAGAAAUCGCAAAAAUGGUGGCACAGGUAGAGAAGAAGUUGAUGAUGAUGAUGAUGAUGAUGAGGCCGAGAGAGUGCGCAUUGUUUUUGGAUCCUUCGUUCUAUGCCAUUGCCAUGUGGGUUCUAUGAUUCUUUUGAAAUCCGGAAAAAAGAUUGCGACAGUUGGACGCCAUACCCAGAGUCAUUAAUCUCACCAGUUACCACCGUUCGUUUUGCCUUUAUUUUUUCCUCUUCCAAACAGAUAUGGAUUCGAAUUCGGCAACAAAAGGGGGAAAAAAGGGUUGGCAAUGGUCGGUUAGGGUUUUGAAUUUCUUUAUUCAGCAAUGUAAGGCUUGAAACUCGCGACUGUAAAGUGACAGUCUUCUUCCUCGAACUCUCUCUCCUUCUUUCUCUCUCUCUCACACACACCCUCUCUCGUUGCUUUUCAGCAGACUAACUGAGAAUCUCACUCAGUGUGGACCGGUUCCAGAGAUUUUCACACGCGAUGGCGGAGGUGAGAGGAGGUCGUGCCACGUGGCACGACGAUCUAGCGACUCUAAUGGAGGACUCCGGGAUGCGCUACGCGGAGAUGGCGUUUGAUCCGAACGCGACGGAGUACGCUGUUGGCGCCGGAGAGUACAAUGUUGCUCCUGCUCCGGUCACCGCAGAAGCGGCGGAGGCGGAUGCGAAGAAGCCGGAGGAGAGCUUGAAGGAACAGGUGACGGAGUUCGCCAAGGCCUGGGGAGAAUUGCUUCUGGACUUGGGGAAAGGAUGCAAGGACAUCGCUAAGCAGAAUCUUCUGGACGAGAAUUCGUUCCUGGUUCAGAAGCUUGGGAAGCCAAUUGCGCGAGCCUCGGGUCGAUUGGCGUUCAUGAACGACUGCUUCUUGCCCGAGGAUCGCGACCCGGUACACGCCUGGCCCGUCGUAUUCUUCGUUUUCUUACUCGCUGUCUCCGCGUUGGGUGUAAAUACUAGAGAUGAUAGUGGAGUCCCGAUUGUAAAGAAAGUGCGAUUACAUCCUCCUAGUGCGAAUCGCGUUAGCCUUCCCGACGGGAGACAGAUAGCGUACUUGGAGCACGGUGUUGCAGCCAGCCGAGCGCGAUUCUCUGUUAUUUCCCCACAUUGUUUCCUUUCCUCUCGACUUGGAGGUUUCUCUGGUGUGGAGACAACUCUGCUUGAAGAGUUUGGGGUUCGGUUGAUUACAUAUGAUCUUCCAGGUUUUGGAGAGAGUGACCCUCAUCCUGCCAGGAGCCUCAACUCAUCGGCACAGGAUAUGCUUCACUUGGCCGAUGCAGUUGGUCUGGAUGGCAAAUUCUGGGUACUGGGUUUCUCAACUGGAAGCAUGCACUCUUGGGCUGCACUCACAUAUAUCCCUCAUCGGAUUGCCGGUGCUGCGAUGUUUGCCCCGAUGGUAAAUCCAUACGAGCCUAGCAUGACCAAGGAAGAGACUACCAGAACUUGGGAAAAUUGGUCAUCCAGACGAAAGCUAAUGUACUUUCUAGCGCGGAGAUUCCCAAGUUUCCUCCCCUAUUUCUACAGACGCAGCUUCUUGUCCGGAAAUCACGGUCAGAUUGAAAAGUGGAUGUCUCAACCACUUGGCAGGAAGGAUGAAAUUCUUGUUAACCAGCCAACAUUCCAAGAGUUUUGGCAUAGAGAUGUUGAGGAGUCGGUUCGCCAAGGGAGGGUGAAGCCAUUCAUUGAAGAGGCUGUGCUGCAGACUUCAAACUGGGGGUUCAAUCUGGCAGAUCUACAGGUGCGUAGGAGAUGUCAGAAGAGAGGUCUGCUUCUUCGGCUAAGAUCCAUGUUCAAUGAGGCGGAGUGUGAGCUUGUGGGAUUCCUUGGCCCAAUACACAUAUGGCAGGGGGCGGAUGACCAUGUAGUGCCGCCUUCAGCUGCAGAGUACAUUAGCAGGGUUAUACCAGGAGCAACGCUGCAUAAGCUGCCGAAUGAAGGCCAUUUUUCUUAUUUCUUCUUCUGCAAGGAAUGCCAUCGUCGGAUAUUCUCAACUCUUUUUGGGGAUGCUCUUGGCCCUCUUGAUGAGAAUGAAGAAGCUAGUGAAUCUCCCUUUGUACUGGGAGCCACUGACAACGAGACCUCUGUCACUAGGUCUUUUGAUUAGUCUCUUGACUACUUUUGACUAGAGGCUUUCUUUGUUGUAACUUGUAAGUAAAGUUAUAGAUCACAGGUUCUGCUCCAACGAGCUUGCUGAGAACAAUGGUGCCAAAUGUAUCUGCUGAUGGAUUUGCCUGAAAUAUCUCGUUUUGAAUGGUGGUGAAUCCUAGCUAGGAGAGAUUUGGAAAUUUCAGUUUUGCUAAUUUGUCACCGGACAUCCCCAGAAAACGAAUGACGAUUGAGGAGUAAGAGCUAUAAUCUAUUGAUAUGAUUUCUAUGACAGGAGGU